GGGCACCAAAAAAUACUCUACGUUACAUUACAUAUAUACAUGCGUGUAUUACUAACUUUCUAUCGACUUGCACUGAGGAAUGAAAAUGAGUGAGAUCGAACGGCCAGGAUUUGGUGGAGGGGUUGUCACAUGGGCCCAUGGAAGCGUCGACCCUCGCACAUCGCCAUUAUUGCAAUAACGAUCCACUCCCGCUAAACGCCAUUGCGCUUAUUACUUUAAAUAACACUGUUGUUAGAAUCAAAGAGCAGAUGAUAACAUUACUUCAAGAUAAUAAAACGCCGAUAGUUGACAAAACAAGGAAUCAACGCGAGUCGACCAGAAAAAUCAACGUUUACGCUGCUUCAUUAAUUAUCCUGACCAUUCGAUGAUAUUUAUAAGCGCAUAGAUGUGUGUAACUAAUCACGUGCCUGCUGCUUCAUACACACUUGUGCAUUUAGGUCUUCCUAGUCAUUAUUAUAAAUCUCCUCUCUCUCUUACAUUCUUCAUUCCUUCUCUCUCUCUCUCUCUAGAAACACAGAUACACAAACAAAUAUAUUUACAUAAAGAUUAGAGUCUAGAGAAAGGGAGUGUUGUGUGAUGGAGAUAAAAACUAAGAGGUACUGGCGGAGGUGGAGAGGAUACGAGAAGCUUGAUGGGUCAUCAACGCCGGGUCGGAUGAGUGGAAAACGGGUCAAAAUGGAUCCGACCCGGAAGAAACGCUUUUGGAGGAUCAAGAUUAUGCCAAAACUGAGGAUCCUCAGAAGGGCUUCGCCUAAGAAGCUUCUGGUUUGGUUACGUGAUUCUUAUGUUAGUAUGAUGAUGCGGUUGGCGAACUCAAGGGCCGUUGGAUCUUCUGGAUACGGUGGAUCUGGUUUCGGCCCGCCGCGUCAGAUGAAGGAGUAUGAUGAGAAAGUGCUUGUUGAGAUUUACAAGUCCAUAUUAAUGGCGCAGGCGCAGGGGAAUCUCGUGCAACGCGACAUAGCUGAUAAACUUCCUUCUGAACCAGCGGUUGUUCCUGUCUCUUCUUCUGUCGUUAUGUGAUUAAAACAACUGAAAACAACUAUCCGUUUUUCCUUAUAAUAAAAGAUAAUCAAAAUUCUUGACUUGUUUGAUAUGUAUCAAAAUUACAAAAAAAUAAAUAAAAGAGUUAAUUAUUAGAAAGAAAUACUAGUAGAUGGUGGAUUGUGGGCCGAGCAGUAAUGUUUUAUUUAAUGGGGUUUUGCAUUUAUUUAUCAAGUUUUGUUGAAUCUAUGCUUCUAAAAUAUAAAGAUUCGCUGUUGUACCAUGCAUCACCUGUGUAUAAAUCUUUAUACGUAUUAUUAAGGUGGUUCGUCUAUUUAACAUAUAAUUAGUU